AUGGCCACUUGCUGUCUUCCUUUACCUCCAAGCAUUAAACUCCAGUGGCAGCACCAGCCGGCUUCUUCUUCUUCACUUAUUUAUUGCCACCGUUCUCUACAAUUGUCAAACUUUAAACCCCGUUCUUUGUGUGGCCGCUGCCGUGCCACCAGUCCUGGGCCGCCGCCGGAAUCUGGGCCCAAUUCCAACAAACCUCCAGCUCCGUCUUCAGGUGUUGCUGCAAGUUUCACCAGAUUUCAGGAUACUAUAAUGACAGACCAAACAAAGGACCUCGAUUUAGAAAAUAAUUCUAAUUAUCGAUGGUCCCAGUUAGGAAAUGCUAUACCUGAUAUAUGCAAGUAUUAG